AUCAUUGUUCGUGCCUCCCUGGAUACUCAGUACCAUCUGGCCAUGUCCCAACUGGGGACUCAUUUGGAUGUGAAGGAACAUGCCCAUCAUAUACCAAUCUAACUGAUCCGUGGCGUAACAUUGGCUUCAAAUCAACAACCUUUCCUGGAUGGCCAAAGAAAGACGGAUACUUAAGAUCCAGAUGGUAUCGCUUUGUCGGUAUUGGAGGAGAUGUUCUGUAUGACAACUGUACCAGCACUGUUAUUGGUGGAGGCACAUCACAUCCCAUCGUAUCAUGUGGGGAAGACAGUACAUAUUAUUGGGGGAUCCAAUACAGUGAUAUAACAGUCUGUUACCAGUCCUCAGAAGGGUGCUCAACUAAGACACGACUGAACAGACGCCUUUGUCCUGGAGGAUUCUUCUUGUAUCAUUUACAUUACACAUCAUCUAGUUUUGUCACUCGACAUCAGACGUGUGGACCGUCCUCCUGUGGUCCUAAUGCCCUGUGUGUUGAUGACGGACGCUGUGAGUGCAAACCUGGAUAUGAGAUACCUGACGGCCUCCUACCCAUUGGAGACUCCUAUCAGUGUGACGUUUCACAGAUUAAAGCGUGUAACACAUCAACUCAGGUUUGUCCUGACUCAUCCAGAUGUGUCAACACUGAAGACGGAUUCUCCUGUGAAUGCCAAAACGGUACCAUACCCAGUAUCACUGCAGGCUCAUUGGUUUGCAAAGAUCUUCACAGCAAUGAGAGGACGUCGCCCAAGGCUCAAUUUAACAAUCUGAACAGUACCAUCAUGAAUUUGACAGAUGAUGUUGUUUUAGAGCCAUAUGUAGUGUCGUCCUUACUGGGGAGUUUAGAAGAUGCCCUUACUAAGGUGGUACAGAAUACCAGUGAAGAGAAGCUGGUGGACUUGGGUGAUGCCAUGCUGCAGUCCACUGAAAAGCUGGUGGGGGCCCUAGUGGAGCCGACAACCACAAACGCCAGCAAAACACUGACCAAAAAAACCAUGGAAGUACAAAUUUUCACCAUCGGAAAGGACUAUAGAAGCAAUAUGAGUGCUAUUGUUGAAAAUAAAAAUAACUCUUUGGAUAUUGACCUCGUUGGUAUUGCAAGGAACAAUAAUGGAUCAGCCGCUGUGGCCUUCACAAACUUCAAGAAAUUGGGAUCAGUUCUAACAACAGACCUCUUCUACACUGUCAAUGAUACAAAGAAGACCAUGAUGUCUGCAGUUCUGAGUGCCUCCCUUCCAAAAACCCAUAACAAAGACUUUCCCAGUCCAGCCAACAUCACAAUUAAACACAUCCAGAGUCUGGACCCCCAGGGUGUGGUCUCCUGUGUGUACUGGAAUGGCAGCGCCUGGGUGGUAGACGGCUGUGAUGUCACCCAGACAAACGCCACCCACACCGUCUGCAGCUGUGUGCACUUCUCCACCUUCUGUCUGAUCAUGCAGGUGGAGCGACCUCCAGAGAUAAUGAAUAAGACAACCCAGAUGAUGGAGUUGCUGAAUAGGAUCGCCGUCUCUAUUGGCUUGGGGUUCUUGACCCUGGCUAUGAUGAUCUUUGCCCUCUGUCGAUGGAAACCCCAAGUGAACAACACGACUCGUCUGAACCUCUGCAUCAGCCUGCUUCAUGCCCAGCUCCUCUUCCUGCUCGUCCAGGAGUUCAUCCAUCUCAUACGUCCUCACAAGAUUGUGUGUACGGUGCUCUCAGGAGUUCUUCACUACUUGUUCCUGAGCUGUUUUGUGUGGAUGCUCCUGGAGACUGCCUGGCUUUUCCACGCUGUCCUCAGGCUCAAAGACGUCAGAUCCCCACGAGGAUUGGAACCUCACUGGGGAUUCCAGUGCCUGAUUGGUUAUGGGGGUCCCUUGGUUGUUGUUGCUGUUUCAGCUGGAAUUAUGCCUGAUGGCUAUGGGAGUGACAACUGCUGGUUGAAUUACGAAAGAGGAUUCAUCUGGAGUUUUCUUGGUCCUGUGUGCUGCAUCCUUGGAACAAACGCUGUCCUCUUCUUCGUCAUCGUCAUCCUCCUACGCACUACCCUGUCUCAGAUACGGCAGAGCCCCACAAACAAAAAACGAAUCAGGAUGUUGGUGUUUAAAACGCUGGUCCAGUCUGUUAUCAUUGGGUUGCCUUGGAUACUGGGAUUCUUUGCUGGAAGCAGCCCUGCACUGGGUGUUCUAUUCCACGUACUCAACAGCCAACAGGGAACCUUCAUCUUCCUGCUACACUGUGUUCUCAAUGAGGAGUACACCAACAUCUCUGACCCCUGGAGGAAUCGUGGCUUCUUGUCCACUCCCUCUCAACUCCAGCUGAAGGACGACUCGGACCUGCAGGAAGGCUGGUACCGCUUUGUCGGUGUAGGGGGCGACAUCCUGGAUUUCGCCAGCAUUCCAAUCCCAUCUUUGGCAGAGCAGCGUCUCGGAUAUUGUUCCUUUGGAUCAUACACUCCUACAGUCACAAACAUACAACUGUGUGCAGGAGCGAUCAGUAAUGGAAGUGUGGAUGUUAGAGUCUGUUCAUCUGCAUACUAUGUGCACAAGCUCAGACCCACCUCCAGCAAUCAGAUUUAUGCCACAAGCCAUCAGAGAUGCAUGGAGUCCUCUUGUGGUCAGUUUGCCCAAUGCGGUUCAUUGGGAGCCUGUGUAUGCAAGCCUGGAUAUGAGAUGCCCAAAGGACUUCUACCAACAGGAGACACAUACAGAUGCACAGACCCCUGUGAGCAGUACACCAACAUCUCUGACCCCUGGAGGAAUCGUGGCUUCUUGUCCACUCCCUCUCAACUCCAGCUGAAGGACGACUCGGACCUGCAGGAAGGCUGGUACCGCUUUGUCGGUGUAGGGGGCGACAUCCUGGAUUUCGCCAGCAUUCCAAUCCCAUCUUUGGCAGAGCAGCGUCUCGGACAUUGUUCCUUUGGAUCAUACACUCCUACAGUCACAAACAUACAACUGUGUGCAGGAGCGAUCCGUAAUGGAAGUGUGGAUGCCAUCAGAGAUGUAUGGAGUCCUCUUGUGGUCAGUUUGCCCAAUGCGGUUUAUUCGGAGCCUGUGUAUGCAAGCCUGGAUAUGAGAUACCCAAAGGACUUCUACCAACAGGAGACACAUACAGAUGCACAGACCCCUGUGAGCAGUACACCAACAUCUCUGACCCCUGGAGGAAUCGUGGCUUCUUGUCCACUCCCUCUCAACUCCAGCUGA